AAAUGGGCCUACAGUAUUUUGCAAAGGGCAUCACGGCGGCACCAUGGCCAUUGCAGGUGCAGCAGCGACAAUGGCUCUGGCCAGAGCGACCUCGACUGCUGCUCUGCUAACAACAACAACAACACACAGGGCCAACUGGGUCUUCACUCCUUUCGCUGUUUCUUAUUCUUCUUCAAAACCUUCAAGAGCUCUCAUUCUCUACUCCAAGCCGGGCUGCUGUUUGUGCGAUGGCCUCAAAGAAAAGCUUCAGGCCGCCUUCUUACUCUCCGGCCCUGAUUCCAUUCACGAUGUGGAUUUACAGAUAAGGGAUAUUACAAGCAAUCCUGAGUGGGAAAGAGCUUACCAGUAUGAGAUACCUGUUUUGGCUAGAGUGCUAUCUGAUGGCACUGAGGAAACUCUACCUAGAUUAUCUCCUCGUCUUGGAGUGGAAAUGGUUCAGAAGAAAAUAGCUGCAGCCUUGAAACAUUAGUGGGUUCUGGCUUUCCUUGUAAUCAAAGUUAAGUAUUCUUCUCUGUAAUGUAGGUCUUCAAUUGUAAGAAAUUAUAUUUUGGAAUAUUCAGAUCAACUUUUGUAGCCAAUACUUUAAUUGAAUGGUCAGACAAAUUGUUUUGACUUGUUCUCCCGA